AUGUGUUUGAAUUUUGACUUCGUGUUUUACGCAGGCAUUUCCUUAAAGACUCAGGAGCUCUAUGCUACUGUCUUUGCUACUCGAUAUUUGGACAUAUUUACUGAUUAUAUCUCUCUUUACAAUACUGUAAUGAAGUUAAUAUUCUUGGGGAGCUCUUUCUCAAUUGUCUGGUACAUAAGGCACCACAAGAUUGUCCGCAGAUCCUAUGAUAAAGACCAAGACACCUUUCGCCAUUACUUUCUUGUUCUACCUUGUUUGUUUUUGGCCCUAGCUAUGAAUGAGAAGUUCACAUUCAAAGAGGUAAUGUGGGCAUUUUCCCUAUAUUUGGAAGCUGUUGCAAUACUACCUCAGCUGGUCUUGCUGCAAAGGACAAGAAAUAUCGACAAUUUGACCGGGCAAUAUGUUCUUCUACUUGGUGCAUACCGAGCAUUUUAUAUCUUGAACUGGAUUUAUCGCUACUUCACUGAGCCACAUUUUGUCCACUGGAUAACUUGGAUAUCAGGGCUUGUUCAGACAUUGCUUUAUGCUGAUUUCUUCUAUUACUACUUCCAAAGCUGGAAGAACAACGUAAAGCUCCAGUUACCGGCCUGA